AUGCAGUUGGCAGGCAACAAGGGGAAAUAUGCAAAUCCUCUACAAUGCGCCGUUGAAAUCAGCAGAACUCGUGGCAUUUUAGCACUUUAUAGAGGAUUGCCCGCUCUAGUGAUUGGAACAGCAAGUAAAGGGGCUGUGAGGUUUACAGUAUUUGAAUGGGUAAGAUGGGCUCUUGGAGAGGACCAUGAUGGGAUCGCAGGUGGCUGGAAGAAUGGAAUUGCUGGUACCGCAACAGGGAUUGUAGAAGCAGUCUUGGUUGUUACACCUACUGAAGCCAUAAAAACACGUUUGAUCGCAGAUCAGAAUACCGAGAAGCCUCGAUUCCGGGGCAUGCUUCAUGGGACAGCGACUAUCUUUAAAGAAGAGGGACUGGGCGGGAUUUAUAGAGGAGCGACAGCAGUCAUAGCUCGUCAGGCAGCCAACCAAGCGGUUAGAUUCACUGUUUAUGGAACUUUAAAAGAUGUCGCAGAAAAAAAGUUGCGGGAUGGAAACCAAACAAGUGCUAUACCCUGGUGGGUGCACUUUAUCAAUGGAUCCAUUUCGAAUGUAAUCACCACAUAUGCGACCAAUCCCCUUGAUGUGAUCAAAACUCGAAUGCAAGCACAUCAUGAAAAGAGCAAUCUUUUCCACGUCUUCCGAUCCAUUCUGAAAGAAGAAGGUGGAAAAGCGUUUUGGAGAGGUGUCACGCCAAGAUUGGGAAGGAUGAUCAUCGCUGGUGGUGUGAUUUUUACAGUCUAUGAAGAAACAUGCACAAUUCUUCAGAAAAUUGGGAUGUAGCAGACAUUCUGCUGGGCAUCACAAAAGAAUCUCGUCACCCUCAUCUCUUGAAAUAAUUCCAUUGUAACAUACAUACGACUUAUAUAAACAAUUCAUCCGUGAACUGGC